GAGGCCACACGGCCCAAGAAGCGAUCAGUGAUAGUCAAAGCGAGCCAGCGUCAAGAUCGUUCCAGCAACACAUACACACACGCACACACACACCUACAGAUAAAUAAAGAUGAGACCAUACCAGGCUGCCUGCAUCGUAGUGGCCGCUCUGCUGGUGCUAGCACCUGCCGGCUCUGAGGCCAGGCGUCGCAAGCACAAGGGCGACGACCAUCACGAUUCACACAAGACCAAGUCGAAGGUAAAGUGGUCCAGCUCAUCGGACUUGAGUGCGGCCAAGAGCCAGGUGUCCACCGAGGAGCACUCGUACUAUGUGAAGCGCACCUACGCGCCCAUAAUGGGCGUCGAUGGCAAGCGUAGGAGUCCACCCUACCUGGCCAUACCCAUCGCCUGGUUCGCCUGUGACCCGGCCAAGUCGGGCUGCCAGGUGGCCGGCAAUUCCGGAGCCAUCAACAGCGCGGCCAACGCCCUCAGCGAGGGCUAUCUGUGCGACGACGACUGCGUGGAGCCCUACGAGCCCAUCUGCGGGCGCACGCCCAACGAGGUGGCCGUCUUCUACAACAAGUGCAAGCUGAACGUGGCCAAGUGCCGCACGCAUGGCCUGUGGACCGAUCUGCCGUACGAUCAGUGCCAGCAAACGUAUCCCAAGGAAACGGCCUACACCGACAAGAAGUUCAGAUGCUCGCCCUACUUCCGUGACAACUUCACAGCUGCAGCAGCUGCUGUUGAGGCUGAGGCCAGCCAGGCGAUGAACGACGGCAACGACAGCAAGGAGAGCAAGGAGAACAAGGACAACAAAGACAGCAAGGACAGCAAGGAGAGCAACGAAAGCAGCGAGGAACAAAAGAAACAGGAUAAGAAGCAGAAUAAGAACAAGGCGGAGAAAGUAGAGCUCAUCAAGCUGCCCCUGCAAGUGGCCGCAGAUCCCGUUCCCGUUCCCGUUCCUCAGCCAGCGGCCGCACCUGUGCCCAAGCCCCAGGAAGCCAUUGCUAUGCCUCCAAUGCCCGUGAAAGACGUUGUGGCCCAAGCUCAACAAGCCGUCAAGCCACAAGCAGCUGCUGCUGCCCCUGCAGUCCCUCAAGUGGCCAGCUCUAUGCCCGCAGCCGGCCCUGUUCCCGCCGCGGAACAGGUUCCAGUAGAGGUCAAGAAACCAGCCACGCCUGCAGAGCCAAUCAAGGAGCAGCUCAAGCUCAAGUCUGAGAAGGAUAAAUUAAAAUAUGUGGUCUCUUAAGAAAAUAC